AUGCCAUAUGAAACGCCUAUAGAUAUCCUUCAUGAUUUGGGAGAAGGUUUAUGUGAAAUCAUUACAAAAGAAGUCCUUCGGACUGCGAAACGCUUCAAAUCAGAUCUAUUUCAUCCAAAUGCUUCUAACACCACUCUCGAGGAACUGCUUUCCGAAGUUGUUCUAUCCUCGAAGUAUUCUAAAAUCAAGGAUUGUCGAAACGGUAGCGACAAGCUUCACUUUUUCCGAAUUCAACUUUUCCUCGCCGCUUUAUGUUCGCCGAAUCUGCCAACAAAAGGACGAUUCAUGUUGCAAAAAGCGCUAAGACGAGAAGUAAGGCAACGAGCAGCUCAAGAUACAGUUUCCAUGCCUCUGAAGAAAUUUUUGCAAGCAACUCCGGAAAUGUUGCCAAGUGCGACAAGAUGGAGUAACGAAAUAAAGCGAAUUAAAAAUGAGGACGUAAUAAUUGCCGACGAGAACGCCAUUUAUUACGGAACAUUACAUAUGGCUUGCGGAAAAUUCAAAUCGGCAUACCUUGAUGAUGAAACUGUGGAUGACGUGAUGUUCGCUGUUUACAAUAACAAUUUAGAGGUUUUCCGAUUUAUUGCUGUUGUAUACCAUUCGAACUGUGCUGAAGUGGUUGUUGAACUAAUAAAAGAAGUUGAACCAGGAUCGCAGUUCGCUUCUCUCGCGAAAUCAAUUAAUGAUCUACAUGACACGGACUAUUAUUAUGGAAAUGAAAUAUUGAAAAUGUUAAAAGAAUACAAAGGCGUGAAAAACGGCGAGCUCACAGGAAUUCGGUUAAUUAUUUCUAUUGAUUACAUGCUUCCGCCAAACGUGCUCCAUCGCAUCGGCAGCGCGCACAUCGACGCUAUGCGGCGUCUCGUCGACGGCAUGAGCACCAUGGAGCUGGUGCGAUUCCGCAUCGUCGCCGAGCUGAUGCGAUUGUCGGAGGAGUACGCGUUGCGGCUCGUCGCGCUCGACUAUCCCGUCGAGCACGUGCUCGCCGAGCGCCUCUAUCCGCUGCUCGAUCGCGCCGGCAUCGAUCGCCGCGUCACGCUCGACCUCUACGGCUUCAUCUACAAGGUGUUCGGCUCGUUCGCGGCGCUCAAUCGACGGCUCUGCAAGCGCACGCGAAUCGAGAAGGCCGUCGCGCGAAACGGACUACUGCUCCACAUUGUCAAACAGACAUAUGGCACACCGUUUCUUGUCACAAUGGUUGCUCAUCGUGCCGAACGUGCCGAACACGCGGCUCCGUGCACCUCAACAACGUCCGCCGAAUAA